AAUUGUUAUCUGUCUAAAUCCGCAAAGAACGCUUCUCUCGACAGCGCAUUAGCUCCACCGUAUCUCUCGCUCCGCCGCCAACAGACGUCGCAAUCUUGACGGCUUUCCAAUCAUGUCACUCAAAACGCCCUCACCGGCCCUCCGAUUAUCCCGCACCCGAACCGGAAUUUCCAAUUGUGUCCUUCUCCGAUCCGCCAAGUCUCCAAUUCGCUGCGACUUCAGUAGCUUCGAGCAGCAGCAGAGUCGGAGGUGGACCGUUGAUUGCGUGCCCGGCAGCGACCCCAUUCACAUUAUCCUGAAACCGCCUCCAACCAAUUCGAUCCCAAUGGCUUCCACCGCCGCGUUGGAAUCGGCUCUGAAGAGCUCCAAGAAGGUGUGCCUCUUCUACUGUGCGGAAAUGAAGGAUCUCGCUGAGCGAAUCGCGGCUCAAUCUGAUGCCAUUGAGCUUCGUAGCAUCACUUGGAGGACAUUUGAGGAUGGAUUUCCCAACUUAUUCAUAUCUAACGCUCCUGGUAUUCGAGGACAGCAUGUAGCAUUUCUUGCUUCAUUUAGCUCCCCAGGAGUCAUAUUUGAGCAAUUAUCUGUUAUAUAUGCAUUGCCAAAGCUCUUUGUCUCCUCAUUCACCCUUGUCCUUCCGUUUUUCCCAACGGGUACAUCUGAACGUAUGGAGGAUGAAGGCGAUGUUGCUACAGCCUUUACUCUUGCUAGGAUCUUGUCAAAUAUUCCAAUUUCUAGAGGGGGGCCAACUAGUUUAGUAACUUUUGACAUACAUGCCUUGCAGGAAAGGUUCUACUUUGGUGACAAUAUAUUACCAUGCUUUGAAAGUGGAAUUCCUUUACUCCUAAACAGGCUUCAACAGCUCCCUGAUUCUGACAAUAUAUCUAUAGCAUUUCCUGAUGAUGGUGCAUGGAAACGCUUUCAUAAGCAGCUGCAGCAUUUCCCCACGAUUGUUUGUGCCAAAGUGAGGGAAGGUGAACAGAGAAUUGUUCGUUUGAAGGAGGGAGAACCUAAGGGACGUCAUGUUGUGAUAGUGGAUGAUCUUGUGCAAUCUGGUGGCACCUUAAUAGAAUGUCAGAAAGUGUUGGCCAAACAUGGAGCACAAAAGAUAAGUGCCUAUGUGACCCAUGGAAUUUUUCCGAACAAGUCAUGGCAGCGUUUUGAACACGACAAAGGAGGUAAUCCUGGGAAUGGGAUGGCAUACUUUUGGAUAACAGACUCGUGCCCAUCAACAGUAAGGGCGGUUAAGGGUAAACAACCAUUCGAAGUUCUUAGCCUUGCAGCUUCUAUAGCUGCUGACCUUCAGAUUUAGUUCUUGCACCAAAGCAUAUUUGGGCACUUUUCAUUCUUUGCAACUGCUCAACCCUUGGGAGGAUUCAAUGUUACUGAGAAGAAAAUAUGAGUGAAUAGAAUGCCUCAGCUAGUUGAAGGAGAAUUGUUUUUUUUUUUUUGGUUAGUUGCAGGUUUUUGAUAGAAUUCAGACUUCUUUCAAUCCUUGAGUGGUAGAUAUUUGACUCAAAUUUUCAUUGUAAGAAGUGUACAUCUUUGAUCAGCUUGUGAACAGAAGGAAUAAUGUACAGUCUAAGCUACUCAAGUUCCAAUUGAUCUUGAACUCGAGUCUUUACAUGCUAGGCUUCAACAUCCACCGCAUUACAUA